GUGGGCUAAGGAAGUCUGUCUGUGUUUAAGAGGCAUGGACACAGGAGAUCACCAUGUCUUUGGACACUGGUGGCUGGGGUACUGCUCACAGGUGAGAAAGCCUGAGAGGGAAGAACUUAGAGAACAGGAAGACUCAAGAACUUCUGAAGUUCCUUAGUGUGUAGGCAACAUGAAGAUGACUCUGGUACAGACCUCUUUCAUGCUGCUUUUGCUGCUGUUGGGUCUGGGUCUGGGCCUGGGGUUGGGGCUCCACAUGGCUGCAGCAGUCCUGGAAGAUAGUGAUCAACCACUGAAUGAGUUUUGGUCCAGUGACUCACAGGACAAAACUAGGGCCACUGAAGAGGGAGAAGGCACCAGAACCCCAGAAACCCUGGUGCUUAGCAUUAAAGAAAUGAUGCAGCCUGGUGGUCCAGAAGAGCCCAUCCUUGGUGAAGAUGAAGUGGGAGGAAGCAAGAUGAUGAAGGCAGAGGCUCUUUUUCAGAGCAAUGAAGACUAUCUUAGGUUUGACUUGAGUGACAGGGAGUGUAAUGCCAUGAUGGCAUCCAAGAACCAGGGGCACAAUCAUAGCUGUGUGGCCCAAUACACAUUCAUCCAUGAAGACCCAAGUGUAGUCACAGCUGUCUGUAAGAGUCCUGUCGUUGCCUGUGCUAUCAAGGGGGCCAAAUGUCACAGAAGUCCCCGUCCCUUUGACUUGACAAUAUGCAAACUGUCCAAACCAGGACUAGUUACACCUAACUGCAAUUACCUGACAUUCAUUAUGGAAAAGGUCAUUUAUAUAGCCUGUGAUAACAUAAGGAAUACAUUGUCAUUAGAGCAGUGAAGUAGCUCAUUCUUAUUUCUCUCACCUGGUUCUCUUCUUUUUCAUCUUGCUCUUCUCCUCUUCAAAAUAUUGCUGAGAAGGUUCUGGAAAAGAGGGUGAAUUUUUUUUGGUUGUUUAACCUUAACCUACAUUAAUCCUACAAGGAGGUUCACUGUGACAUUUCUACAGCUGUAUACAAUCUCAAUCGACCUUACCCCCACCCCCAUCACUGCCAUCCUUCCCAUUCCCCCUUCUCAAAAACAAUUUUGAUAGGUUUCUUUGCUCUAUGUUCAUCCCUGCAAAUAAAGAAUGGGCUGUUCUUUAUCAUAAA